AUGAAAAUUUUUGUAAAAGUAUUAUUCUCUAUAUUUUUUAUUUUAUCAUUCUUUUUGGUAUUGGGUUUAGCAAGUACACCAAACGAUAAUGACCAAAAUACACCAGAUAGUAAUAGCAAUGACUUAACUAAACAAUUAUCAACAAUAAUAUCUAACGCGUUCGAAAACGAAUAUUGUAUUGAGAACCUCUUAAAAUCUCUAUUUGUUAUUUAUGUAUUUAUAUUGAAGUGUAGCGCACUGUUUGAUGAUAAAUUAAGUAAAGAAUUAUUUUCUCAAGUAAGAGCAAUGAUAAUUUUUGUUGAUAAAUAUUCUACUUAUGACGACAAAAUAACGAUGAUAAAUCCAACUAAAUUACGCAAUAUUACUUUAAUUCUUCAAAACUCGAUUGAUUUAAAUUUAUUAUAUGAACUGGAAGAAGUUUCAUUAGCUGGAACAGAUCCUUAUAUACUUUUAAAUUCUGAGUAUGAGAAGAUCAAUAAACAAUUAACUAAAAUUAUCAGUUUACUACUAGAGCUAGUUGAUAGAACAAAUGCUAGACUGAAAAGUGUGGUGAAAAGUGCAAUCUUUAUUAAUAGUAAACUUUCUUUGUUUGUUAAAAGGUCCUUAGAUUUAUAUAGAAAAACAUCAGGUGAGAAAUACUCCAAAUUAUAUCAACAAUCAGAAGAUAAUCUUCUUUCAUUAUCUAUGAAUAUAUUCAACAGAAAAGAUCCUUUUUGUUACGUUAAACAGGUAUUGAGUGUUUAUGAUGAAAAAACUAAAGAAAUAAAUAAAUCAGAAAUUAAAUUAGGGAAAAAAAAUAAAUCAUCGUGCAAAAGCAAAGAAUAUAGUUUUAAAAUUGAAACAGUAGUGCUCACCACAUUAGGAAUUGUACUUUUUGCAAUCGAAAAUUUUUUUUUUAAUAAUGGUGAUGUUCUGGCUAAUCUCAAAACUCUGCAUACGAGUGUACAUACUAAAUUGUACAAUAAAAUAUUGGAAGAACCAACGGAACUGCUUAUAACGGAAGAAAGGGCUGACUGCAUUAAAAAGAAAGUUAGAGAUUUCCUGGGUUUUGACACAUUAAUGGAAUCAGACCAUUCCGUAUUUUCUUUGGGUAAACCAUUAUCUAAACGUCAAAUAUUAAUAAAUUUAAAAAAAAUCUUAGAUCAUUUAAACGUGAUAUUGCUUUUUUUAAAACAAGAACUCCAGGGUAAAAGUGAAGGUACUCAUCUUCAUUAUCUAUUGUAUAAUCUGAUUAAUUAUUGUGAAGAAACAAUUAAUAUUUUAAAUACUAAUUUAUUAAUUUUGGAUAAUAGUGAUCUCAAUGUAAUUAAUUAUAUCAACAGAAUUAGUACAGAAUUAUUAGCAAACGCAAGAAAAUGUAACUGUGAAAACUUAAAAGGACGAAAAUCUGAAAAACAAAAAUCAAAGAGUAAAUAUAAAGAAAUAACUAGUAUUCAAUUAGAAACAACAUAUGUUUCUGAUCCUGAGACUUCUAAAAAAGUUGAUAGUUCAAGUGGAACAACUGCUGAUUCAAGUAUAAAGAAGGGCCCAAAAAGUAAAAUUGAAAGAAAACAAUUGAAAAUGGAAAUGUUAAUGGCCCAAGAAGAAGCUUCAAAUAAAAAAGCAACUAUAAGCAACAUAAUCAGAGAGCAAAAAGUUGGUCAAAGAAAGAAGUUAAAAAAAAUGAAGAUCGAACAACGUUCAAAUAAACGAGAAAGACAGAGAGAAAAGGAAGAAGAAGAGAGAAGAAAAGAAAAAGAAGAAGAAGAAAAAAAGAAAAGGGAGAAAAUGGAAAGAAUUCAAUUUCAAUGUCUUAAACGUUUGGUAAUUAGAAUUGAAGAACAAUAUGAGGCAGUAAAUGAAGAACUUGUUAAGAGAGAACGUUUAAAAUCAUUGUUUUUAAAUGUAUUCGGUAUAUUAUCCCAUAUUAUCUCCAAUAAAACUGGUGAUGGUUCGAAUUUAGCCUCUGGGAGUGCUGAUUCAGAUCUACUAGAUAAAGAGAAAAACGAAUCUAGCUGUAAAGAUGUUGCUGCUUAUGGUAAUACAUAUGCCAUGGGAAGAGACGAAGGUAAAGAAGCGAAAAUAUGUAAAAGGCAUCCUAAGUCUUUAGUGUCUUAUAAAUUAAAAACGUCUACACAAGAUACAAUCGCCGAUCAUAAAUCAAAGAGUCGUGAAACCUUCAGUUUCGAAAGCUCAGAAACUACAGAAAUUAAAAGCAAAGAUGAAGAAGAAGUUAGGAGUGGAAGCAGGAGUAGGAGUAGGAGUAGGAGUGGUAUUAGUAGCAGGAGUAGGAAGAUUAGUAGGAGUAGUACUAGAAGUAGGAGUCGGAGUAGGAAUAUGAGAGGAAAUAAAACUAAUAAAAGAAAGGCAUACGAAACGCAUACUUCACCUUUAGUGCCUUCUACACUGACACUACUUAAACAAAGCAUGGCCGCAGAUAAUGAAUCAAGGAGUGAACCUUGCAGUUCUGAAAGCUUAGAAACUACAAGAAGUGAAAGCAAAGAUGAAGAAGAAGUUAGGAGGAGUGGGAGUGGGAGUGGGAGUGGGAGUGGGAGUAGGAGCAGGAGUAGGAGUAGGAGUAGGAGUAGGAGUAGGAGUAGGAGUAGGAGUAGGAGUAGGAGUAGAAGUAGAAGUAGGAGUAGAAGUAGAAGUAGGAAUAAGAGUGAGGAGAGUACCAGGAGUGGAAGCAGAGGAGAUGAUAGAGAUAGAAGUGGAGAUCGUGGUGAUAGUUGUUCAUUUCUCCAAGAUGAGGGUGAAUUCUCAGAAUCAAAAUUCUUGAAAUUGUUUUCAAGUUCUGAAUCAAAAAAAUCCGGAGAGUUGGAUCCAAAAGUAAAUAGUAAGAAAUCGUUUCUUUUAAAUUUUUUUGGUAUGCGAGAACUUGAUUACUCAUAUAUUUCAGAAGAAUCCACUUUGGAAGAAAUAGAAAUUGCUAUUGAAGUAGUUGGUAAUGAACUUGAGAGAGUUCAUAGUGAAAUACUUCCACUUUUAACGGGAGAAGACAGUAAUAUUAUUAAAGAGUAUGAAUUGUCAUAUAUUAGACAAUUUAUCAGACUUCUUAUUUUGUUAAACAAUGUUUUGGAGAAAUCUAAAUAA